AAGCAGACUAUGAUAUAAACAAAUGACCGUUGGAAAAUGAAAGCCCCACAUUACAAAAUGAUGAAAGGGAGACCAUAAGGCCAAGUCAUAACUUUGUGUGUGCUUGUCUGAUGAGAACUGCAGACCUUUUUUUUUUUUUUUUUUUUUUUUAAACAUUUUGCUUAGCUUUUAUCAUCCAGAUUUAUAGUCCUUUAAAAAAAAGUUAAUAUAUUUGUAACAAAAGUGCCAAGGGAUUCUAUGUUCCCCUUUUGGAUAGCUUUUUGUAAACUGGGAAUACAUUUCUGUUUUUUUCCAACACCUUUAUUAUUUGCAUGCACUACUGUAGAGAAGGAAAUCUGUUAAACCUCUGUAGACACUCAGCCUGAGAAGCAAAGGGGAAAAAAAAAAAAUCAAAGCAGGGUGGUUCCAAUUUUAAAGUCAAAACAGAAUAUAAAAAGCAGAGGAACAAGACAUAUUUGCUUUCAAUUAAGUUUGAAAUGGAAAACGGUUCGUGCUGCGUGUUUCCAGAAGCAGUACUGGACACUGUCUUGCCACCUGUGCUAAUUGCAGAGUUUGUUUUAGGGCUACUGGGUAAUAGUGUGGGUUUAUGGAUGUUUUUCUUUCACAUGAAAACCUGGAAACCAAACAGCAUUUACCUCCUAAACCUUGCAAUGGCAGACACAGUGGUAAUGUUCUGUCUUCCUUUCCGUACUGAUUACUACAUGAGAGGGAAAAACUGGGUGUAUGGUGACAUACCUUGUCGGAUUUUGCUCUUCAUGCUAGCAGCAAACAGAGCUGCUGGUAUUUUCUUCCUUACAGCUGUUGCAGUGGAUCGCUACUUAAAAAUUGUGCACCCACUAAAUAAAAUCAACAAGAUAAGCCUUAAGCAAGCCGUGCUUGCUUCCUGCGGCUUGUGGCUGCUCAUCGUGGCAAUGACUGCUUACCUACUCGGAGAGCCCCACUUUUUCAUCCAAAACAACAAGACACAGUGUGAAAGUUUCAACAUCUGUCCAGGCACCAACCCUACAGCAACAUGGCACAAUGCUUUUUACGUAAUUCAGUUUCUUGUACCUGUGUGCAUCAUAAGCUACAGUACCAUCCGUAUUACAUGGCAGCUGAGAAGCAAAACAAUAGACAAACAUGGCAAAAUAAAGAGAGCUGUACAGUUUGUUAUGGCAGUUGCUAUUGUGUUUGCCAUUUGUUUCUUUCCAAGCAGUAUGUCAAGAAUCUCUGUGUGGAUCCUGAAAGCUCAGUACUCUGAAUGCAGUUACUUUCGACAAGCCAAUUUGGCUUUCUACACCUCAGUAUGCUUCACUUAUUUUAACAGUGUACUCAACCCUGUUGUGUAUUACUUCUCAAGUCCUUCAUUUAGCGGAUUAUUUAAAAAUCUAUUUAACAAAAUAACAGGCAAAGAAGCUGAAAUGAGUGAUGAACAAGUAAACACUUGCUCCACGAUGCCAACAUAACAAUCAAAUUUGGAGAAAACAGAAAAUAUUUGGGUGAGUGGUAAAAGAAGAACAAAAACCAGACUGUAGAUUUGGAGAUAUUGUUCACUCUGAAAGGCUCAUUUAUUGCUUGCUUCUAUCAAUUCUAAAGACUUGAGAAAUACUGUGCAUAAAUAAUACUGCUUAAAUGUAAUUGAAUAAUUAUGAAUAAGGAACAAUAUCUAUAUAGUA